AUGUCACAUACUAAUCCAUCAGCACAAAGUGGUGCAUGGUCUGAGAAUAAUGAACUUUCUAACAAAAGACAAUGUUGUAUAAUACCAAAACGAUAUAUAUUAACCGUAUUAGCUUUUUUUGGAUUUUUUAAUGCUUACUUAAUACGAGCAAAUCUAAGCAUUGCUAUUGUGAAAAUGAUAGAACCAGUUCAUAACAAAAAUAAUUCAUCAAUCUACAUGCAGAGUGCAUAUAAUUGGAACACAAAAACUCAAGGAUACAUCUUAAGUUCAUUUUUCUACGGUUAUAUUAUUACUCAAAUACCUGCUGGAUGGAUUGCGACGCGAAUUGGUGGAAAAAAUUUAUUUGGAUUUGGUAUUGGUUUAAGUGGAUUGUUGACACUGUUUACAUCUAGUUUUGCCUCUAUUGGUCCAAGUGCAUUGAUUUUUCUUCGGAUAUUGGAAGGUCUUAGUCAAGGUGUUAUCUAUCCAUCACUUCAUUCUGUAUGGUCAAAAUGGGCUCCAUCGUCCGAAAAAACGAAAAUGACAACGUUUGCAUUUGCAGGUGGAUAUAUUGGAACGUUGACGGCAAUGUGCUUUGGAGGACUUAUCGCAAAACAUUUAUCUUGGGAAUGGGUCUUUUAUAUUUCUGGUAUUAUUGCUGUAAGUUGGACUGGUCUAUGGUUAUUUUUCACUGCCGAAUCACCAUCGAAACAUCAAACAAUUACUCCUAGUGAAUUAUCUUAUAUUGAAUCGAAUUUGCUUAAAACACCUGUAAAGCAUUAUAUCAUACCAUGGAAACAAAUCUUGAAAUCGUUACCGACAUGGGCCAUUGUUGUUGCUCAUUUUGCACAAAAUUGGGGAUUUUACACAAUGCUUACUGAACUACCAACAUUUCUGAAACAUGUUCUUAAAUUUCAACUGGAUGAGACUGGAUUUAUAUCAUCGUUACCCUAUUUAUUGAUGGCUAUUACUCUCUAUGGUUCCGGUAUUCUUUCUGAUUCAUUAAUAAAUCGGUUUUCAACAACAAUUGUUCGUAAAAUGUUGAUUGUAAUUGGUACACAUCAUUUAUCAACACAAUAUUUAUUUCAUUAUGCUUAUUUCAUGCAAGAAGUGAAUGGAAUGUUAUAUUUGCGAUUUGCGUCGUUAUCUACAUUAUAG